AUGUAUAGCGUGUUUUCUACUAGAAGAUUAUUCACUAGACGUUCUAUAGCAAACUUUCUUCAUAAAUUCAAUUGGUUUUCUUCUAAUGCUAAAGCUUCAUUAAGAACACAUACAUGUGGCGAGUUACGAGAGUCAGAUGCUGGUAAAGCAGUAGUUUUGUGUGGUUGGCUUUAUAAUGCACGCGUAUCCUCAUCAUUUCUACUAUUAAAAGAUGCAUAUGGAAUGACUCAAAUAACCUUGGAACCAACACUUCGAAAUGCACUGCCUCCCACCGAUUCUGUAGUUAAAAUCGAGGGUGUCGUUCAAACUAGACCAGACAAGGAUAUUAAUGAAUCAAUGAAAACGGGAAAAAUUGAAGUUAAAGCCAAAACAGUUAAAAUAAUAAAUGCAGCCUCGGAAAAAAUUCCAUUCAAAAUGAAAGAAAGAACAGCUGUUAACGAGCAACUCGGUUUAAAGUAUCGAUAUCUUCAGCUUAGGCAGGUUGAAUUCCAGAAACGGCUUAAAUUUCGUUCAGAAUUUUUGCGUAAGCUUCGUAACUACUUAUGUGUUGAGCGAGCAUUUGUCGAUAUUGAGACCCCAUACCUAUUCAAGCGAACCCCUGGGGGGGCACAUGAAUUUAUUGUUCCUUCUCAACUUCGAGGCAAAUUCUAUUCCCUUCCCCAGAGUCCUCAACAAUUUAAGCAACUUUUAAUGGUUGCUGGAAUUGAUCGAUAUGUCCAAAUUGCACGGUGUUUUCGUGAUGAAUUAGCCCGCCCUGAUAGACAACCCGAGUUUACACAGGUAUCAGAUAAUUUUUGGCUGGAUAUAGAAGCCUCAUUUAUAACUAGGGAGGACAUAUAUGACAUUAUUGAAUCAACAUUAUCACAUGCUUGGACUGAAGUACGUAAAUACAAUGAAAAAAUUGGACAAUUGGCAACACCUUUUCCACGAAUGACCUAUGAAGAAGCUAUUCGCAAUUAUGGUAGUGACAAACCUGAUGUUCGAUUUGGCAUGAAAUUACUUGAUUCUACAACAAACGGGGAUGAUAAAUUUGCAUACUUUGUUAUUCCAGCAGAAUACGCCGGUAGUCUUUCUAGGUCAUUCUAUCAGAAAAUUCUCUCUUUGGUUGAAGAAAAGCACGCAUUAGCAAUUUCUCAAGUAAAAGCUGGCGAAGCAGUUGUUAUGGGCAAAGGUCUUGAUCAUGCCUGGAGGAAUGCAUUGGGUACGGCUCGAGUUCUGAUUGCGAAACAAGUGGCUUCCUUGGGUUUUGAAAUAUACAAACCAGGUUUCUUCUUUCACUGGGUUGAGAAUUUCCCACUAUUUUCGAGAGAUGAUAAUGGUAAUUUCGUAUCGGAACAUCAUCCCUUCACUGCACCAGUAGAGUCGGAUAUGGACUUGCUUUAUUCUCAUCCGGAAAAGGUAUUCAAUGUAUUAAAUAUUAAUAAAGAUCGCCUUGUUCGUGGUCAACACUACGAUCUCGUUUGUAAUGGUCAAGAGGUUGGCGGUGGAUCGAUACGAAUUCACCAACAUGACAUGCAACGCUUCAUACUGGAAGGCAUUCUUCACGAAGAUGUAUCGCCUCUGAAUCAUUUACUGGAAGCCCUUUCAUACGGUGCACCGCCUCAUGGAGGAAUAGCAUUGGGAUUAGACAGGCUCAUUGCCAUACUCACUGGUGCACGGACCGUCCGCGAUGUAAUAGCCUUUCCCAAGACCUGCGAAGGCCGUGACCUCCUAUCUAAUUCCCCAGACACAGUACCUUCUGCUGACCUUGACCGCUACUCUAUACAAAUAAAGAAAACCAACACCCCCGCUUCAUAA